CAUCUCCCCAAAUUACCAAAUACAACAACUUGGCCAUUCUAUUAUCUCCCCAAAUUACCAAAUACAACAACUUGGCCAUUCUACCAUCUACCCAAAUUACCAAAUACAACAACUUGGCCAUUCUACCAUCUCCCCAAAUUACCAAAUACAACAACUUGGCCAUUCUACCAUCUCCCCAAAUUACCAAAUACAACAACUUGGUCAUUCUACCAUCUCCCCAAAUUACCAAAUACAACAACUUGACCAUUCUACCAUCUCCCCAAAUUACCAAAUACAACAACUUGGCCAUUCUACCAUCUCCCCAAAUUACCAAAUACAACAACUUGGCCAUUCUAUUAUCUCCCCAA